AUGUUGAGCUGGGUCCAGAGGGUGCUGCCUCAGCCCCCAGGGACCCCUCAGAAGACCAAGACAGAGGAAGAAGAGGGGGCAGAACCAGAGCCAGAGGUGGAGCCGGAACCAGGGCCAGAACCUGAAACAGCCCCGGGGGAGGCUGAGCAAGGGGCUGAAUCCUCGCCACCUGAGGAGCCUUUGGGGGUAGAGGAAUUGGCUGUAGCUGAUCCAGGCCCUGAGGACAUCCAGGAGGCUGCCCCUACUUCGCCUACAUCCCUCCAGGCCCAGGUCACUGUGGUUCCUGAAGUGAACAGCAGUUCCAGCAGCUCUGUGCUGAGCUGGCUCAAGGAGGGCAUGGAGAAGGUUGUCCCACAGCCGGUCCCCAGUGGUGGGCCCGUCCAGAGCGCUGCUGCUGGCCCAGAGGGUCCUACUCAGGCAGGAGCACAGACAUCCGGGCAGUGCAACACUGGGGGCUCAGAUGGACUCAUGGAGGCCCCUGGGGCCCAGGACACCAGGUCUGGACCCUGGCUGCUCAGGUGGCUUGAGCAGAAUCUGGAGAAAGUGCUGCCUCAGCCCCCCAAAACCUCCAAGGACUGGAGAGAUGAGCCUGACGAUGCUGCCUUGGAUUCUUGCUCUCCCCACUGCGUGGAGAACCCAGAACCGACCUUGGAAACUGAGCCCAUGCUGCAGGCCCCAGAGAGCCCCUGCAUGCCCACGGCGGGCCCCCCGGAGCCCAAGGAGGAGCUGACCUCAGAGCCCCAGCCCAGCUCCCAGGCUUCCUCCCUGCUGUCCCCCAGUGACCCUGCCAGGUUGAUGGCUUGGCUCCUGCACAGGCUGGAGAGGGCCUUGCCGCAGCCCACGCUCCACGGGAAGGCUGGGGAGCAGGAGCCUGAUGCCCCUGGGACAUGUGACAUGCAGCCAAUCUGCAUCCUCCCUGGAGGCCAAGAGGAGCCCGAUCUCGUCCUAGAAGAGGUUGACCCUCACUGGGAGGAGCACGAACGUCAGGACGGCGGCACUGACCUGCAGGGCUCAGAGGUGGUUCCAGUUGAUGAAGAGGAGAAUGAAGCCGUGGAGGAGAUGCCCAGGGAGCUGCCCCAGAUUCAAGAGGAAAGAGAAGAUGAGGAGGAGGAUGGAGAGGAAGAGGAAGAAGAGGAGGAGGAGCCGGAUGUCCUGCUGGAUAGCUGUCUGGAGGCGCAGGCUGGUGAGGAUCCAAGUGGAGUAGACGGGACCCAGCCCCAGAAGGCCUCGCAGCAGGAGCUGCCAAAGGAAGAGGCUGUGACUGUCAGUCCAGAAGUGCCGGCUACAAAGGAGCUCCCAGAAGUGCAGGUGGAAGAUGCUGACACGACCCACCAUCCCCUCAUCGUGGAGAACCCACCCACACCUGAGCUGCCACCACCUUCUCCUGCCAAAUCUGACACCCUCGCGGUCCUGGGAUCUGCCACAGGGUCCGAAAGGAAGAGGCUGCCCUCCCAAGAUUAUGACGUUGAAGAGCUCAAGGCACUGUCACCAGCUGAAUCACCCAUGGUUGCCUGGUUGGACCCGUCCAGCCCACAGGGCACUGAUGGCCAGGAUCGUGCGGCCUCGGUGGCCAGCCAGAACAGUGCCAUCAUCAACGACCGGCUGCAGGAGCUAGUGAAGCUUUUCAAGGAGCGGACAGAGAAGGUGAAGGAGAAGCUCAUCGACCCUGACGUCACCUCCGAUGAGGAGAGCCCGAAGCCCUCCCCAGCCAAGAAAGCCCCGGAACCGGCCCCGGAAGAGAAGGCGGCUGAGGCCGGGCAGACCGAGGAGGAGCAUUAUUGCGACAUGCUCUGCUGCAAGUUCAAGCGCCGCCCCUGGAAGUCCUACCGGUUUCCGCAAAGCAUCGACCCUCUCACCAACCUGAUGUACAUCCUGUGGCUGUUCUUCGUGGUGCUGGCCUGGAACUGGAACUGCUGGCUGAUUCCCGUGCGCUGGGCCUUCCCCUACCAGACGCCGGACAACGUCCACCUGUGGUUGCUGAUGGACUAUGUGUGCGACCUCGUCUACCUCCUGGACAUCAUUGUGUUCCAGAUGCGCCUGCAGUUUGUCAGAGGGGGAGACAUCAUUACCGACAAGAAGGAGAUGCGCAAUAACUACCUGAAAUCUCGCCGCUUUAAGAUGGACAUGCUCUGCCUCCUGCCCUUGGACUUGCUCUACCUGAAGUUUGGUGUGAAUCCCCUCCUGCGCUUGCCCCGCUGUUUGAAGUACAUGGCCUUCUUUGAGUUUAACAGCCGCCUGGAAGCCAUCCUCAGCAAAGCCUAUGUUUACAGGGUGAUCAGGACCACGGCUUACCUGCUCUAUAGCCUGCAUGUGAACUCUUGUCUGUACUACUGGGCAUCAGCCUAUCAGGGCAUUGGAUCCACUCACUGGGUUUACGACGGCGUGGGAAACAGUUACAUUCGCUGUUACUACUGGGCUGUGAAGACCCUCAUCACCAUUGGUGGGCUGCCUGACCCCAAAACGCUCUUUGAAAUCGUCUUCCAGGGCCUGAACUAUUUCACGGGUGUCUUCGCUUUCUCUGUGAUGAUCGGACAGAUGAGAGACGUGGUGGGGGCCGCCACCGCCGGGCAGACCUACUACCGCAGCUGCAUGGACAGCACUGUGAAGUACAUGAACUUCUACAAGAUCCCCAGGUCUGUGCAGAACCGGGUCAAGACCUGGUACGAGUACACCUGGCAGUCCCAAGGCAUGCUGGACGAGUCAGAACUGAUGGUGCAGCUUCCAGACAAGAUGCGUUUGGACCUUGCCAUCGACGUGAACUAUAACAUCGUCAGCAAAGUGGCUCUCUUCCAGGGCUGUGACCGACAGCUGAUCUUUGACAUGCUGAAGAGGCUCCGUUCUGUCGUCUACCUGCCCAACGACUACGUGUGCAAGAAGGGGGAGAUUGGUCGAGAGAUGUACAUCAUCCAGGCGGGACAGGUGCAGGUCCUGGGUGGCCCUGAUGGGAAGGCCGUGCUGGUGACACUGAAGGCUGGAUCCGUGUUUGGAGAAAUAAGCUUGCUGGCUGUUGGGGGCGGGAAUCGGCGCACAGCCAAUGUGGUCGCCCACGGGUUUACCAACCUCUUCAUUCUGGACAAGAAGGACCUGAAUGAAAUUUUGGUGCAUUAUCCUGAGUCUCAGAAGUUACUCCGGAAGAAAGCCAGGCGCAUGCUGAGAAACAACAACAAGCCCAAGGAGCCCAAGAGCGUGCUCAUCCUGCCACCCCGGGCAGGCACCCCCAAGCUCUUCAACGCCGCCCUCGCCGUAGCGGGAAAGAUGGGCGGCAAGGGGGCCAAAGGCGGCAAGCUUGCCCACCUGAGGGCCCGGCUCAAAGAGCUGGCUGCGUUGGAGGCCGCGGCGAGGCAGCAACAGCUGCUGGAACAGGCCAAGAGCUCGCAAGACUCUGCAGGAGAGGCGGGCCCGGCCGCCCCGGAACAGCCAGCACCGCCGCAGCCGGAGCCCCCGGAGCAACCAGAGCCCCCAGCCCCGCGCUCUCCGCCACCCGCCUCCCGUGGGAGGCCCGAGGAAGGCGGGGAGGCGGAGGCCGCGCCCUCAGAGCCCUCCGUGCGGAUCCGCGUGAGCCCGGGCCCGGAUCCCGAUGAGCAGACCCUGUCGGUGGAGAUCCCGGAGGAGAAGAAGGAGGGCCAGUGAGGCGGCCCUCAGCGCGCCGCUCCGGGCACGGCAGGUGCCGGCGCGCCCUCCCGGCGCCCCAGGCGGGUCCCCAGCCCCGCGCCGGCUCGCGCAGGCCCAGCUUCCCCGGGCACAAUAGAGGCUGUCGUACCUGCUCCGGCCUCGGCUUCUGGCACGGCUCGUCUUGAAGUCAACAAAUGUAGUGUUCGUGUCCCUAAGUUCCCUCACCUGAGAACCCUGCCUCUCCCGACUAUGGUUUUUAAGAACAAAAUUCUUUUCCUAUUUUAAAAGUUGAUAGAGCAGAGAACAGGGCUCCAGCACCUGGGAAGCUCCGUUGGCGGCUACAGGGUUAUUAUGGAAUGUUGGAAUCUCAUCUCCCACAUUUCAAGGAUAGAAAACCUGUCGGCAGAUGGGGCGCCGGGCUUGCUCAGCCUCAUGGGGCAUCUGACUCUUGAUUUCAGGGUCCUGAGUGCAAGCCCCACGUUGGGUGUAGAGAUGACUUCUUUAAAAACCUUGUCAGCAGAAAGGGCGGUUAUGAUAUUCUUUGGACUAAAUGGGAAUCUCGGCUCACCUGACCUGACGAUCCAUCCCGGGCAGUCACGUUAGGGACCUUGUGCUCAUUAGGGAGGUUAGUGCGGAUCUUCCCCAGGCUGUGUUCAGUUCCCAGGCCGAUGCCAGUAUCUCAGAACAGAUAAAAUGCAAGUGGGCUUACCGGCAGUGGGCUAGGAGCGAUUCGGACAACCUGCCAGUCCGCCAAGUCUGGUCUGCAGGGGAUCAUGCUUGUUUGCUUUUCACACCCUUGCUCUAACGGUGGUGGCAGCAACUUCCAUUAAUCCUAGGAGACAGAAAUCACAGCUGACAUCCCUGACAUUCCUGAACUUUCUCCAGAUAAGACCUGUUGUUCUGUUUCAUUUUAAAGGUUUAUUUAUUUACCUAUCAGAGAGAGAAAGCAAGCACAAGCAGGGAGGAGUGGGAGGUAGAGGGAGAAGCAGACUCCCCGCUG